GGCUUGUGGGCGUGGCCCGGCCUGGGAGCGGGGCGGGGCUCCUGGAGGCUUGCUGCAGCCACGUCCCGCGGUACCCCAGGGGAAGCCGACCCCGGCUUGGAGAUCCUCAGGGUUGCAGACAUGUCCGAGGUGAAGAGCCGGAAGAAGCCGGGGCCCAAGGGGGCUGCCGCCGAGCCCGAGAAGCGGAGCGAUGGCAGGAAGAACCCCGAAGCACCGGGAGGCGCGGGCUGGGCGGACCCCCGCACCGGGCUCAGCUUGCUGUCGCUGGCGACGUGCCUGGGCCUGGCCUGGCUUGUAUUUCAACAAUCGGAAAAGUUUGCGAAGAUGGAAAACCAGUACCAGUUACUGCAAACAGAAAGUGGCGGGUUUCAAGGCCUACGGAAUAAAAUCAGUUUAAUUUCAGACAAGCUUGAGUCUACUGAAAGUAUCCUGCAGGAAGCUACAUCAUCCAUGGCUCUGAUGACCCAGUUUGAACAGGAAGUAUCUGGCCUCCAAAGAUCCAUACAGGACAUUGAGAAUAGUGAAGAGAUGCUCACACAGAAGAUGCAAAACCUUAAUGAGAAAUUCCAGAACAUUACAGAUUUCUGGAAGAGAACUCUGGCAGAAAUGAGCAAUAGUACAGCCAUUUUCAAAUCAGAAGCAAAGCAUAUACAUUCUCAAGUAACCAUGAAAAUUAACUCAGCUGAGCAAGAAAUGAAAUCGCUCACUGACCGGCUGAAAGAUUUGGAAGACAGCACCCUGCGAAACGUCAGAACAGUAAGCAGGCAAGAAGAGGAAGACCUUCUCCGAGUGCAGGCACAGCUGAGCUCUGAUUCGAAAGCAGUUGAAAAGCUGGAAGAAGAACAGCACGCUCUCCUAGCCAGAGAUGAAGAUCUGACCAGUAAACUUGCCAACUACGAACCCAAAGUUGAGGAGUGCAAGGCACAUUUGCCAGCUGUAGAAAAUGCGAUCCACUCCAUUCUCAGAGUCUCUCAGGAUCUGAUGGGGACAGAAAAGAAAAUGGAAGACCUGACUCUGCAGAUGUUUAACAUGGAAGAUGACAUGCUAAGGGCAGUGUCUGAUAUAAUGGAGAUGCAGACGACCCUGGAGGGAAUUCAGUACGACAAUAGCAUAUUAAAGAUGCAAAACGAACUGGUUGUUCUGAAAGGGAAAGUUCACGAUUUCAUAGCAUAUUCAAGUGCAAGAGAGAAGGGGACUUUGGGGAAAUAUGACCUAGAAAAUAAGGGAGCUGAUGAUUAUUAGGUUCCCUGCACACUUUUGAUGGACUGUAUUAUUCAUUGGAAAUCAGUCAGUUCUGUUUUUUCAGUCAUUUUUCUCUGCCUCACUUUAUAGAGAAUAAGUGGAGUGUGGACCACAUGGCGUGUGCACAUAAUCAGAGUUCUCUCUUUUUAAGCUCUAAAACUUAUUUUAACCAUUUUAAAUAGAAAUAGUUCUGCUGGGAGGUGGUGGCGCACACCUUUAAUCCCAGCAUGCAGAGGCAGCAGCAGGCAGAUCUCUGAGUUCAAAGCCAGCAUGGUCUACAGAGUGAGUUCUAGAACAGCCAGGGCUACACAGAGAAACACUUUCUCAGAAAAAAAGAAAGAAAAAGAAACAGAAAGAAAGAAAUAGUUCUAAAAUAUAUAUUGCUCUACUUUUUAGGCAAUAUAUUUAAUAUUUACAUGUCUUUCCAAUAGUUAAUAGACAUUAUUAUGAAUUGCAUUUUUUGCUUUUGGUUUUUCGAGACAGGGUUUCUCUGUGUAGCUUUGUACCUUUGCUGGAACUCACUUGGUAGCCCAGUCUGACUUGGAACUCACAGAGAUCCUCCUGCCUCUGCCUCCCGAGUGCUGGGAUUGAAGGCGUGUGCCACCACCGCCCAGCUUGAAUUGCAUUUAUUACACCAGAGAUAUAUGUAUAGAGAGACAUAGAUAUCUAUAUAUAGAUACCUAUAGCAAAUAUUGAGGCCGUUUACCGUUUCACUGUGUGACCCUAGUUUUCCGUUUUUCCAAGCUGUGUCUGUUUCUCAUGCUUUUCUGCCUCCCGCUCUUGCAGUCAGUUGAUAGCAUGCCUGCCUCUGCCGGUUUUUCACAUUCAGACGACAAGUUCCUAGGAAUUUCAUGUGAAGUGGAAGAUAAUAGGCCUGCAGGGGAGCCUGGGGCUCUUCUCUGAGGUAACGGCACGUUCUGAAAACUGUGGCGCCUGGGAAGUAGUUUCCUUUUUGCAAAGGUUCUCAACUGUGUUCCAGACACUUAGAAGUUUAACAUGUGAGUAAAUGUCUGCCCCGCCUGCAGGGCUACAACGGGUUCUCGACCACCCUAAGGACGGAAUGAUAGAGAUAGGAGAUACAAGGAAAUACACCAAGUCUAGAUUCUGAUCAAGGUGCAACUUUAUUUUUCUCCAGGAGGGUUUAUAUAGUUCCUGCAGGGUGGGGGGAGCAAGAAGCUGUCAUCUGCAUAAGGUGGAGCGAGCUAUCAGGAUGUUUGUAUAGGAUGCCCACAGGGUGAAAGGGUCAAGAGCUCUGCCUCAAUGUCCUGUUGCUAGGCAACCUGACUGUAAGACAAUCCAGUUCCCUGUCUUAUGGGGGUCUGUAUUUUUCCACUAACUAGAGAUUCUAUCCUUGUCCCUGACAAAUGUCUUCUUACUUUAUCCUCAUUAGUAUUUUCUAUUGACUAGUUAUGCUUUGAAGCAUGAGUGUACGGAGUGCCUUUGUGUGCUGACUUUAAUUUCUAAAGCUUGAAUUUUGUGUCACUGGCAUUCACUGACUAGCUAAUAGAUACUUAAAAUACAAAUAUGCAAUAAGCCUGUGCCUGCUUUAAAGAUAAAACAAUGUAACAAUAAAUUAUGAUGAUUAUGACAUUUAUGUCAUUAUUUUAUGGAUUCCCCAACUUAUGAAACUGUUUGUUUUACAUACUGAUUUUAUUUUUAAAAAAAUUAGAGCUGGAGCUAGGCUUGGUGGUGCACACCUUUAAUCCCAGCACUCAGGAGGCAGAGGCAAGCAGAUCUAUGAGUUCAAGGCCAGCCUGGUCUACACAGUGAGACUGUGUCUCAGAUAAUAAUAAUAAUAAUAGUAAUAAGGCCAGGAGAUAGCUCAGCAGGUGAAGCACUUGCUGUGAAAGCAUGAGGCCCCGAGUUCACCCAGCACUGACAUGAGAUGUUGGGUCCAGCAGUGGCGGCCUAUAAUCCUAGCACUGGAAGGCAGAGCCAGAAUGCAAAUAUUACAUGAGAAAACUAUUGAAAUAUCUGUGUCUAUGUAUCACUCUAAGAAAUUUGUCAAGCCGGACAGUAGUGUUACAUGCCUUUAAUCCCAACACUCGGAAGGCAGAGGCAGGCAGGUCUCUAUGAGUUUGAGGCCAGCCCGGUCUACAGAGCAAGUUCCAGGACAGCCAGGGUUACACAGGGAAACCUGCUGGUGACAUGUCAGAGGACCUUCGGAUGGCAGUUGACUUCAGGGUGUCAGCGCACCAGGAGGCGAAUCCCUGAUGGGUGAAUCUCAGAUAGACAAGGCCCCAAGACCACAGGCUCCAGAGUGUCUUUUGUUCUGCUGUGCCUUCACAUGUUUGCUGCUGCCAUCUUUCUCUGAUAUCUGGCAUGGUGUAGGUGUGGGGAGAUCCCCACUGCCGGUAAUGUAGUGUGUUUAUCUCAUGGAAACAUCCCUUUCUACUGGGCAUUUUUACCUGUGGAUUAUUAUGAAGAUGAUUUCUUCUUAAGCUGUACUGUCCAAUUGAUAAUAAUAAUGUUAGUUUAAAUAGAUUUUUUAUGAUAAAAAAAUAAAACAAGGAAGUGUCACACAGCUAGAACACAUGAGUUUCUACUGAGGAGCCGUAUAGACUAUGGCUUAAGUUAAUGAUUAAGAAAAACCAUUGAGUCCCAGUAGCCCAGCUAAUUUAAAUUCUUUUAAUCUUAAUGUUGGGAGGUAUGUUUACAGGCUUCAGAGUGCAUCAUAGCUGAAACAAAGAGGUACCUGAAGCUGACAGAGAUCUCAAAAUUGUAAUCAAAGCAAUUAAUAAACUAUUUUGGCUAUGGGAGGGCAGUAGCAUAAACCCUGUCUAGAAAAAAAACAAAAAAAGAAAUUUGCACUGGGGCUGAAUAGGUGACUCGGUGGUUAAGAGCACUGGUUGUCCUUGCAGAGGACCUGGGUUUGAUUCCCAGUCUUCACGUGAUGGCUCACAACCAUCUAGAACUCGGCUUCCAGGGUAUCUGGCACAUUCUUGACUUCUGCAAACACCAGGCAUGUCGUGCAUGUGGUGCACAGACAUAUCCAUACAUAUGUAUGUACAAAACAUUCAUAUGCAUAAAAUAAGUGUUUUUUAUUUCUUAUUUAUCAAAAUUGUCAUUGGGGAGGUCUAGAUACAUUUAAUGAAUCUUCCUUUGUUUCUCUUUUGUGUGUUUUGGAGCUUUUUAUUUUAUUUUUCAGACAAGGUCUCAGUAUGUACCCCAGAUUAGUCUUAACUCACCAUCUUCUUGCUUCUGCAUUUCAGGUAAUAGGGGUCACAGGUAUAUGCAAUGGCACAGACUUCAUUUUGUUGUACUUUAUGAAAAUUGCCAAUAUUCUAAUAUACAUUUUUGUAUCUCUGUAAUUGAUAAUAAAUUUUAUAUCAAUUAGCUCA